AUGCCCUCCGUUACUCGAUGCUAUGGCCAGGCAGUAUCACCCAGCGAUGACCAGUCGAGUCCCCAAAGCAAGAAGAGAUUCGCUCCUCCAGUCCACCAUAUCAGCCUGUCAGUUACAGCAACGACAGGUACAGCAUGGCCCAGUCCACCGGGACUCGCCAUGGUCAAGAAGAGCGAGUCAGGUGGCCACAAAGUGGGCGAGCCAGACUCGUCAGGCCGUGGCAUACCCGUCAGCCCCGUCAAGCGAACCAAGCCAAUCAAGAAAACGAAAACAUACAAAGCUAAGUACUCUCCAUCCCCUUCCCCCUCCACCGCCCCACUCAACCCUCCCACCGCCUUCCCCAUCGUCAAUGAUUGCCCUUACCCCAUCUAA